AUGGCAUCGACAACAAAUAAAAGCACCUCGUCGAAUAAUUUCUCUCAUUUGCCAAAGAGACCUUUAGGGAAAGUUCGUACUGAUAACAGUCUUUUCUGGUCUGAAGAAUACAUUGAGGGCGAUCCAAUUGAUUUAUGGGGCCGAGUGAUUGCAGAUUGGGAUGAUUGCUUGAAGAAAAGGCCUAAAUAUAUCAAAAAAUUAGUUCGAUAUAAUAUUCCACAACCACUACGAUGUUUACUCUGGCAGUUACUGUCUGGGGCUGAUAAACAAAGAUACCUUAUCGAAGGUUAUGCUGAUUUACUGAAGGAAACGUCUCCUCACGAAAAGACGAUUAGAAGAGACAUUGACAGAACUUAUCCUGAUCAUCCUAAAUUCAGUAGUCCAAAUAGCCCUUUACAAGAAUCUAUGCUUAAUAUUAUGAAGGCAUAUUCAUUAUAUGAUAAGGAAGUUGGCUAUUGCCAGGGAAAUGCAUUUAUUGCCGGCUUAUUAUUGCUUGAGAUGCCAGAAGAGGAGGCAUUUGCUGUAUUUGUGCAAAUAAUGAGGAAAUAUAACAUGCGUGAAUUGUGCAAGCCUAAUAUGGCAGAAUUAGCCGUCUGUAUGUACCAAUUAGAAUGCUUGAUAGAGGAAUUAUUGCCCGAUCUUCAUGUCCAUUUUCAAGCACAGGGGUUUCGAGCUUCUGUUUAUGCGUCAUCAUGGUUUCUUACUUUAUUUGCGUCGACUGUCUCUCCUGACUUAGCAACUAGAAUAAUGGAUUUCGUAUUGGCUGAAGGACUAGAAUUUAUCUUUCGCCUCUCAUUGGCGAUAUUAUCAGUAUGUAACAAAGAUUUGCUUAAGCUCGAUAUUGAAGGCAUGAUUAUGCACUUUCAGAAAGAAUUAACAAAGUAUGAUAGCAUUACCGUUCAGGUGCUAUUUGAUAUGGCUUUUACUUUAAAAAUAACUCCAAAAAAACUAAAAAAACUUGAGAAGGAUUAUCAUACUAGAAAAGCUAAAGAAACUGGUGACGUUGAGCUAAUGAAAGUAAGUCUUAUGAAGUAUAAAUAA